AUGGUGACGACCAUUCUCGAUGAGCUACACAACCGCGGAAAUCUAGAGUGGCUAGAUAGGUAAAAUCCUCUCGCAUAGUUUACAUUUGCCUGUUUUCUCAACUUUUUUCAUCACCGUAACUUUUCGGCUAGUCAGGGCGUAUUUGUAUUCACCUAUAAACUUACGGGGCCCCAAACCUGACUGUUUAGUUAUCGAGCAUUUAUUUCAGGCGCACUGCAAUCGAUCCACGGACGUGCACAUGGAUUGAGCGCCGUGGUUGGAGCGCCGUCUACACAAUGUUUCUUGAAGGUCUUAUCACUUACUCAACGUGGGCAGAAAUACCAUACAAUGCCUUAGCGACAGUUGCUGCAGGUUCAAUUGCUCCAAAUCUACAAUUCACGUUCUCCAAGUCUUUGGCAGUGCCCUGAGAAGUCGAGUCCAAAUCGGCCUUAAAAUCCACAAGAGACGCAUUUUUUCUUGUAUUUGGGGGCUAUCUACGUCCUGUACUAAUCUGACAGUCCCCUUGCUACUCAUCUUCGAUGCGCGUUGUUUUCCAAAGAUUUCGCGCAUUUGAAGGAUGACUUCAUCGAGAGGUAAAGAUCAAUUGCCUACUGAUGCAUGUGGUUCGUUCAUGCCUCUUCCCCAUCUUCCUGGAGAAUAAGAUAGAUGACGGAUAUACGCCAAGCUGUCGACGUAUCGUAAGUGACUUAAGGGUCUUAGCCACACGCAUGAGGGGGCUUGCUGUGAAGCCUGCUUCGCCUUUGACAUCUAUCGUGAAAUUUUUCAACUUUUUAAUGAGAGUUCGGUUGAUGGGCACUUUCGAUAGGUCGCAUAAAUUCGGGUUUCCACUAAAUCAUUUUUCUCGGUUAUAUGUGUCAGUCACUGUUGCAAAAGAUCUUUUUUUAUCAUUCAGACCGGUAACCACUAGUUUGCUUGUCUCCGAGUUUGUCUUACUUGAUAUAGGCAGCUCUGUGCCGUCACAUUGCUGAGCUGUAUUCUUUAGAGUUAUUUGGAUUCUCGCUAUAGGAAAUGAGCUUGUUUUGAAUACACUGAUUUCUCGAACAUGUCGCUGCCAAUAAUAAACCACUUUGGCUGUGGCAAGUGCAAGAUUUGUUGAACUAUUUUCAACGACUUUCUUAAAAUUAAAUCAUUCAUUCAUAUCGGUCUUGUCGUCCCACCACCCUCGAUUUCCAACUUCUCGGUCACGUUGUAGAUGUCUCUUAGAUCUCAAAACGGCACACUUAUUUGUGUCGGAUGACCAGGUGGCUUAGAGGAUUCAACCUCACAGAGUCAAACAGGUGGAGUGUUAGAAUCCUAGUCUAUUCUAUUUGGACUGCUAGCAAAUUCCUUCUAGCCAAAUGGUCCAACGUCAUGCGAUGCCCACUAUAGCAAUUUGCAAGUAGGACAGGUGCUAAUAGCCUCUUGAUCACAUCGUAAUAUGUCUGCCGCACAUGAUACAAUGCCAGUUGUUAGAAAUAUUUUUCUAGGUCCACGGCACUCCGUACUAAAAUGGGCGAUUGGAAUGCUUUAAGAGUUUUGUAAAGAGACGCGGUAAAGGGUGCCCAUGGCUGACGGAUGUCACGAAGCGGGUCCCGGUGUUCUGUGUCACUUAAUCUAGUGACCUCCGUGAAGGAGUCCGCCUAAAGUGAAGACGUUCUGGUUAACGUCAAGGCUCACAUUCGAUAAGAUUAAAUCCCCCACUCUAUUAUCUCAUUUUUGAGCUUCCUCUCGUCAACUUGGGAAUAUUCUGUUUGCAUGAAAACUUCCAUUGGACCGUCCUUCUAUCACCACAUUUAUUUCUAUUCCUCAACCUUUGUCUACUGCAUAAGAUCACACAAGAGUGCCAACAUUAUUUGGAGGAAGCCAAGUGGCUGGGCUAAGGAGUUGGAGAAGUGGGUGAAAGCUACGGGUCGGAACAACACAGUAUGCACAAUUUACGAGAUCAUCGACGGUGAGGAGACUGAGGGCGAGACUUUCCAUGGCAUCGACAGGGAUGUCAUCAUGGAAGCUCUUCGCUACAUGGAGAAGCAUGGUAAGGCCGAGGUCAUUGGUGACUCGGAAGGCGUGAAAUUUUUCUGCACUUGA